UAUUUUUUAUUGGUUCGGUUGUUUUUCACGAUUUGCACGUGAAUUUCCAGCAUAAAAUGCUUGCCAGUUUAUCAGCGGCGUUUUCCGGGGUUUCCCUUUGUACGGCCGGCCGAGUGCUCAGCCAGCAGACUCGGAACACCUUCAUCCUGAAGCGGCGCACUCCACCGAAACUGCACAAAAAAAACGAAAAGCCGGGCAAACUACGCGGUCGGCACUUUGUCUACGACCUGGUGGAGGAUACCAACAUCAAGAAGAAACCGAACCUGGAGGUUGUCCUAACAACCUUCGUGGAAGGCAUCGGUUCCAAGGGGGAAGUUGUGUCACUUAAACCGCGAAUAGCCUACAAUCAGCUGCUGCUGCCCGGGUUGGGUGUGUACAAAACACCCGAAUCGAUGGCCAAGUAUGCCGUUGCCGAAACGGACGAACAGAAGGAGCAGCACAGUUCGGCACACGCUCAACGGACUGUCAACAAACUGGAAAGUAUCGUUCUGGCCGUCGUCAUGAACAAAGACCAUCCGUGGGUUCUGGAGCGGUGGCACAUUAAGGCGUCCCUCCGCAAGGCCGGCUACUACGUUCCGGAGGAAGCAAUCGCCAUACCGGAGCAACCCAUUGCCGGACCGGAUCUGCUAAAGCAAAACAAAGAGUUUAUCUGCACGAUAACGGUGAAUAAUCUGGAAAAGGCACGCCUGCGCUGUCGCAUUCACCACUGGAGUACGGAACCGAGCGAACGGCUACCGUACGUUACCGACCACUGGCUACAGCCGGCUGAACCGUUGUUUGGCGAGCCGGUGGAACCGAAAGCGAGUUGAAUUCGCGGUUAGAUAAAGAAUAAUUAGUAGAUGUUUUAUUGUUAGGUGGCAAUAAACGUUUUUUGA